AUGUCAUUCUUGGGGGAGUGCAGCAACACCAUCAACAUCAGAGUGACAACUGGUGUGAUCCUGGAGAGCCCUGCUGUUCCUCUGACUGAGGGAGACAGUGUGACACUAAACUGCUCCUAUAAAGAAAAAUAUGCAAAAGGGUCUACAUCCAAUUUCAGUACUGCAUUCUACAGAAAUGGUGCUUUUAUUGGAAAAAGGUCUGAAGGAAGGUUGAGGCUUAUCCAUGUGUCCAAGGAGGACGAAGGCUUCUACAAGUGUGAACAUCCCACAAAAGGAGAGUCACCGGAGAACUGGCUGGAAGUGAGAGGUGAUGAUGAUGAUCAUGAUGCUGCUACUCUCAGCAUCCAUCCCAGCAGGUCAGUCUUCUUCUAUUAUGAAACUGUGACACUGAGCUGUGCAGUGCCAGGCAGCUUCAGCAGCUGGACAGUGAAGAGAAACACCUCCACAAAGUCUUCUGUUUCAUGUGAGACCUGGGGCCAAUUAAACGGGUCAUCCUGCACCAUCAAAGGUGUCUACCCAUCAGACAGUGGAGUGUACUGGUGUGAGUCUGACAGGGGGGAGUGCAGCAACACCAUCAACAUCAGAGUGACAACUGGUGUGAUCCUGGAGAGCCCUGCUGUUCCUCUGACUGAGGGAGACAGUGUGACACUAAACUGCUCCUAUAAAGAAAAAUAUGCAAAAGAGUCUACAUCCAAUUUCAGUACUGCAUUCUACAGAAAUGGUGCUUUUAUUGGAAAAAGGUCUGAAGGAAGGUUGAGGCUUAUCCAUGUGUCCAAGGAGAACGAAGGCUUCUACAAGUGUGAACAUCCCACAAAAGGACAGUCACCAGAGAACUGGCUGGAAGUGAGAGGGAAUAAGAUCCCAGCGACCACCCCUGAUACUACUCCUCCUCCUCCUCCUCCGAUCGCUCUGCCCAACCUGGUGAGCAUGAUCCUGCUGUUCAUCCUGUACAGUUGUAUACUCAUACUGUCUGUGUACACCUACAGGAAGUGGGCUCAAGCUCGAGCUGAGGCUAAAAGGAAAUGGCGUGAUCAUCUGUAACUCAAGGGAGUGAAGAAGAUGAAUAUCAAUCAAAAUAUCACUGGGAUUAAAGCAAUAGUCUUACACUGUUCUUAUUAUCCUUUAUAACCUCUCAGCAGCAAUGAUGUUAGAUUUUAUAUUAAUCUAACAUUAUAUAAACUGAACAGAAAACUGUCUCAUUUUUGCAUUUGAUGAAGUUUUUUUAAAAGAACAAAACAAUGAAUGUCAUGAUGUUAAUAAGAAGCACUCCGAGAGUGCAAACCUUCACCAAGGCAGCUCACUCUCCGGGCAGUAUUUGUUGUUAGUAUUGUACAUGCAAAAUAGUAUAUUGUUUUUUAUAAACCUACUUUAAGAGAUAUAUCAUGUACUUGUUUAUAAUA